AUGCAGGUCCCCAGCCCCAAUGCGCGUGAGGCUGCCUCCAUGUAUGGCACUGCAGUGGCCAUCUUCCUGGUCAUCCUGGUGGCUGCACUGCAGGGCUCGGUGCCCCCCAAGACCCUCUUCCCCUACCACAUCCCCCUGGACCCUGAGGGGGCCCUGGAGCUCUCCUGGAAUGUCAGCUACAUCCAGAAGAACAUCCACUUUCUGCUGCUGGUCCAUGGGCUGCAGGCCGGGGUCCUGUUCGGGAUGUCAGACCGGGGAGAGCUAGAGGGUGCAGACCUGGUGGUGCUCUGGACCGAUGGCGACCGCGCCUACUUUGGGGAUGCCUGGAGUGACAACAAGGGGCAGAUCCACCUGGAUACCCAGCAGGACUAUCAGCUGCUUCAGGUGCAGAGAACCCCUGGAGGCCUGACCCUGCUCUUCAAGAGGCCCUUUGUCACCUGCGACCCCAAAGAUUACGUCAUUGAGGACGGCACAGUGCACCUGGUGUUCGCCAUCCUGGAGGAGCCCCUGCGCUCGCUGGAGGACAUCAACACAGCCAGACUGAAGCCGGGGUUGCAGAGGGUGCAGCUGCUGAAGCCCAACAUCUCCACACCGGCCCUGCCCCCCGAUAUCCUCACCAUGGAUGUGCGAGCACCCAAUGUCGUCAUCCCUGGCGUGGAGACCACCUACUGGUGCUACAUCACCGAGCUCCCCAAGGGCUUCCCCCGGCACCACAUUGUGAUGUAUGAGCCCAUCGUCACAGAGGGGAAUGAAGCACUGGUGCACCACAUGGAGAUCUUCCAGUGCGCUGCUGAGCUUGACCGUGUCCCCAGCUUCAGCGGGCCCUGUGACUCCAAGAUGAAGCCCGACCGGCUCAACUUCUGUCGGCAUGUGCUGGCCGCCUGGGCCCUGGGUGCCAAGGCUUUUUACUACCCAGAGGAAGCUGGCCUUGCCUUUGGGGGCCCUGGAUCCUCCAGGUUUCUCCGCCUGGAAGUUCACUACCACAAUCCGCUGAAGAUCAGAGACCGGCGAGACUCCUCCGGCAUCCGCCUAUACUACACAGCCAUGAUGCGACGCUUUGAUGCAGGCAUCAUGGAACUGGGACUGGUGUAUACCCCCGUGAUGGCCAUCCCCCCCCAGGAGACUUCCUUCAUCCUCACUGGCUACUGCACUGACAAAUGCACCCAACUGGCCCUGCCCCCCACAGGGAUUCACAUCUUCGCCUCCCAGCUCCACACACAUCUGACAGGGAGGAAGGUGGUGACCGUGCUGGCCCGGGACGGCCAGGAGAAGGAGGUCGUGAACAGGGACAAUCACUACAGCCCACACUUCCAGGAGAUCCGUAUGCUGAAGAAGAUCAUAACUGUCCACCCGGGGGACGUCCUCAUCACCUCCUGCACGUAUAACACACAAGACCGGAAGCUGGCCACUGUGGGGGGCUUUGGGAUCCUGGAGGAGAUGUGCGUCAACUACGUGCACUACUACCCACAGACCCAGCUGGAGCUGUGCAAGAGUGCCGUGGACCCCGGCUUCCUGCAGAAAUACUUCCACCUGGCUAACAGGUUCAACUCAGAGGAAGUCUGCACCUGCCCUCAGGCCUCGGUCCCUGAGCAGUUUGCCUCUGUGCCCUGGAAUUCCUUCAACCGCGACGUGCUCCGUGCCCUCUAUGCCUUUGCGCCCCUCUCCAUGCACUGCAACAAGUCCUCCGCCGUGCGCUUCCCAGGUGAAUGGGAACUGCAGCCGCUGCCCAAGAUCGUGACCAAGUUAGAGGAGCCUGUCCCCCAGUGCCCAGUCAUCCAGGGCCAGCAGCCUGCAGCCCCCAUCGAGGUCAGCAUCGGGGGGAACAGAGGUUGAGUGGAACCUGUUUCUUCACUCCCUCCCAGCCUCAUCUGCCAUCUCUGUGGGCUCACCAGCUCCAUGCACCCCAACCUGUGAAGAUACCCUUUCCCUGAGCAAGCAUUGUGUAUCCAAGGUGCUGGGACUGGACCAUGCUACCACUGGGAACACUGUCACUUCCAUCUCUCUCUUAUUGGGGACUAUCUGCAUGGCCAAGAGGGUCCCCUGUGAGCUCCCUGUUGACCCAAUGAGGACAGAGAGACUCACACCCACCUUGACACCCAGAAUGACAACACAAAAGCCCUGUUGGUGCAGUUGGGCCUCAUACCUUGCAUGGUGCCAGUGUCUGCCCCCCAGACAGCCCUGCACCCCACCCCCACAGGGCCACCCCGUGUGCUGUGUGACGGUACAAAGCUCCUGAACCAGUUCUGUGUCUCAGCUCCUUCCUCACAGUGGGCGUCUUUCCUGCCACAGAGGCAGGACAGCCACUUAGCUAGUUAAGACAUUUGUUGGGGAAACGGCUCCAUCACUGGGUAAAUAGCUAUUUUCACCACCUACAGGGAAAAACCCUAACAACAACCCUCACCAUCACCCAGAGACAAGCCGGCAGAGA